GGCGGGCGCUGACGGUCAUGGAGACCUCGUCGGUGCUGACCCGGGGGUCUGCACGGCAGCGGAGCCCCGCGGCCCCGGAGAAGCAGGCGCAGGACCAGCCGGAGCGGAGGCCGGGGCGGCGGAGGCAGGGGCGGAGGAUCAGUGAGGAUCAGGAAGAGGAAGCAGUCUUUAGAGAUGUGGUCAGUUUCACUCCGGAUCCUUUACCAGCUAGAUAUUAUGACAAGGAUACUACCAGACCUAUCAGCUUUUACCUAUCGACGCUGGAGGAGCUCCUGGCCUGGACCCCCCUCAUGGAGGAUGGCUUCAAUGUGGCCCUGGAACCUCUGGAGUGUCGCCAGCCCCCACUGAGCAGUCCUAGGCCCCGGACCCUGCUGUGCCAUGACAUGAUGGGCGGUUACCUGGAGGACAGGUUCAUUCAGGGCUCAGGGGUCCAGAAUCCCUACUCCUUCUACCACUGGCAGUACAUUGACAUCUUUGUGUACUUCAGCCAUCACACUGUCACCAUCCCCCCGGUGUGCUGGACCAACGCGGCACACAGGCACGGGGUCUGCGUGCUGGGGACCUUUAUCACAGAGUGGCAAGAGGGAGGCAGGCUCUGCGAAGCCUUCCUGGCCGGGGAUGAGCGCUCCUUCCAGGCAGUGGCCGAUCGGCUGGUCCAGAUUGCUCAGUUUUUUCGUUUUGAUGGCUGGCUCAUCAACAUCGAGAACUCUCUGAGUCCAGCUGCCGUGAAGAACACACCUUUAUUUCUCCAGUACCUGAUGGCACAGCUCCACCAGCAGGUCCCUGGAGGUCUGGUGUUGUGGUACGACAGCGUGGUACAGAGUGGGCAGCUCAAGUGGCAGGACGAACUGAAUGAACAGAACAGGGUCUUCUUCGACUCCUGUGAUGGGUUCUUUACCAACUAUAACUGGCGAGAGGAUCACCUGCAGCGGAUGGUGGCACAGGCCGGGGAGCGCCUGGCUGAUGUGUACGUGGGCGUGGAUGUGUUUGCUCGGAGCAAUGUGAUCGGAGGUCGUUUUGAAACCGACAAGUCCCUGGAGCUGAUCCGCAAGUAUGGCUUCUCCGCGGCACUGUUUGCUCCUGGGUGGGUGUAUGAGUGUCUGGAGAAGAGCGACUUCUUUCAGAACCAGGACAAGUUCUGGAGACUGCUGGAGCGCUUCCUGCCCACACACAGUAUCUGCUCCCUGCCCUUUGUCACCUCUUUCUGCCUGGGCCUGGGUACUCGAAGAAUCUGCUAUGGCAAGGAGCAGGCAGUGGGGCCCUGGUACCACCCUAGCGCCCAGGAGACACAACCCCUCUUUGGUGAACAUAAGCUGGCUGGUGACAGUCGGGGCUGGGUGAAGACACACUGCUGCCUGGCCGAUGCCUGGCACGGGGGCAGCUCUCUGCUGCUCCGGGGCCUGAUCCCGCCUGAGGUUAACAGUGUAACUGUGAGGCUGUUCUCUUUGCACGUCCCCAUGCCACCCAAGGUUUUCCUGUCCAUGGUGUACAAGUUUGAAGGCUCAACGGAUGUCCAGGUGGCUUUGGAGCUCACAACAGGGGAUGCCAGCAGCUGCCAUGUGGGUGGCAUGUUGGUGUUAAAUGCAGAAACUGGCUCACGGCACAGCCCCAGACCCCUUCGGGUACCCCCCACCAGGCUGGCUAGAUGGGCCAGCAGUUGUGGCCAGCAGCUCAGUGGGGGCUGGAUUCAACGCUGCUAUGAGGUAAACCUUCGUGGGUGCCUGCUCCAGGACCUCUUGGUGAGCUUCUCACGGCCACCAGGCAGCCGGGAAGAGGAGAGCUUCAGUUGUCGUCUUGGAGAGAUCCAGGUGGUUGAUGCCAACAGCCUUCUGUCCCCUCUGCCCCGGGUGCAGAGUGUCACUGUUUCACAGCUACGCUGGCUUCCUCUGAUCACUGGGUCUGAGGGCCUCCCUACCCGGCUCCUCCUCAGCUGUACCCUGCACUGGUCCUACCUGCUACUCCGAGCCCGCUGCUUCCGGAUUCACUGCUUGAAACGGACAGGAAGCAGCUCUGUGACAGAGGAGUCCCCAGAGACAGAGAAGCCCGUGUUCCUGGGCCUGGCUUUUGCCAACCAGUACCGUGUGGUGGAUUUGGCAGUGGAGGCUGCCAGAUUUGGCCAGGAUGGUCGUGUGGAGUUCCUGGUAGAGCCUGUCCCCAGGGAAGGUUUUCUGGUGCCUCAGGCCGAAUGGGGAAGGGCGGUCCUACUCUACUCUGCCCCUCAAUGAGCCCACUCCAGAGCACAGUACCUCCUUGCCUCAAGACUUGAAAUUUCUUCUUGGCCAGCCGUCCAAGGCUGCGUGGACUGCUGAGGAUAGCCAGGUCCCCAGGAGACAGGGUCUCAAGGUUCUGGCUGUGACCUCAGGAAACUCUGCCCCAUGGCAGAAUUGCCUAGCACCCACACCUUCUGUAAUACUCUCCAUGGGAUGUGGUUCUCAAGGAAGAAGGAGAAAGUUUGAAGUUUCCUCCAGAAAAUUCCAUAAAGGCUAUUUUUCCUAGGCUGGAAAUAUGCUUCUGUUGAGCAUGGCGGCCAUUUAUCCCUGUAGCUUUGACAAUCAGAGGCGAACUGCCCUGGUGGGAGGAAGGCUCUCUGAAGACUGAGGCAACAGUCGGGGAGGAGUGGAAGUCAGGGAGGCUCAUGGGAUAGCUGGAACGGUGCUCCCCAGGAGCACCAUCAGUGGCACCUGGCACCACAUCCCCACCUGUACAAGGUGGGCCAGUCACACUUCAGACUGACUAGCUGUGUGGAUGGUGGCCCUGGCAGCUGACUGUCCCAGGGAACCCCAAGUCCCUUGCCUGUGCAGUAUCUCCCAUAGGCCGCCGGCUAUGUGACAGCACAGAGGCAUGAGGGUGCCAGCCACCAUCUUAUGUCCCUCAAGAGGCAGCUAACCCUAGCCUGCUUCCAGGUACAGUGGCACCCUUAGCUGUACUGCAGCCCUGUUGACACUAGGCUGCACAGGAACUUCUUGCUAUGUGUCUGGGUCUUGGGUAAUGGCACCACCACUCCCCCCUACACACCUCACCCCACUUCCAGUGUUUCAUGCUCAGGCCCCAGUAGAGCUCUUUUAUCCUUUCUGAGUUCAAAAUGUGACACAGCUCUGUGGUCUGACCUGUGGCCCUCAUGCUGUGGUAUGAGGAGAGACCGAAAGAUGGCAGAGCAGCCUGUUGCCAUCUUCCUCAGAUUCCUGAGUGUGACACAAGGAGGGAGUGCCACUCCUGCCUGUAUGGGCUGAGAACUGCCCCACCCCAUCCAUCUUCCCUGAUUUCCUGGGCACCUUGUUCCUCGAGGGAAGUAUAAGGGUGAGGACCUAGAACCUGAGAUCGGGAACAUUCUGCCCGAUCUGUUUCUUGUGUGGUUCUACCAGGGUCUCUAGUAAAGCCCAGGCUACUCCUGUGCCCUGGAAUGGCUGUGCCAGCCUUGCAUGGGGUAGGAGUGGGGAGAUGGUGAGGAGAGCACCUGGGGCUAUGCUGGUCUUUCUCUGGUGUGUCGUCCAGAUUCUGCCCCAAAGCCUCAGCUCUCCCAUUCCCAGCCAGGCUCCUGUGUGGCUGGAGUGGAGAGUCAGUGGGGAGCAGGGCAGGUGGCUGGCUCUGGGCCAGGGCAGCAUUCCUAAAUACCCUGCUUCCCUUGUGGUACCGAGUCUGCUUUUAAAAGUGCUGGUUCCUUCAAAUAUUUUAUGCAGAGAAGGAGAGAAAAUUUAUAGUGGCAAUUAUUCUCUCGCAGUCUGGUGAGCAAGCAAUUAGAAGGAAGGGGGCUUAGCAGAGCCACGGUGUGAGGCAGAGCCGUGCAACCUCACUUCCCAGGAGCACAGUCCCCAGUCCCGGCAACACUGUCUCCUGCGCAGGAAAAUUAAUCUGCCGGCAUUUAAGCCUAGGCCCCUCUGGUGGAUAUAAUCGCUCGGA